GAUAACAUUCAUAGCAUUAAAAAUGGGCUUAACCCAAGGUACCUAAACUAUAGGGUUCCGAAUUGUCUCCUCCUCUAUCUAUCUUUCACCUAAUUGUACGUAAGCAAUUACAGGGAUUUACUCUUUAGUUAUGGUAUCGCUGCAUGAGAAUACACACAUCAAAGCAAAAAAGAAAGAGCGUAUUGGGACCUUAUUAUCAGUAUAAAGCUAAGGAAGGGUUCCCUAUACUUGACAUGUUAGAAGCCAGCUUAGUUACCCUCCCUCUCUCUCUCUCUCUCUCUCUCUCUCUUUCUCUUGCGUUCGAGCAAGUGCAACAGUAUCGCUCCAACCUAUAAAGAAUACCAACCUGCCCUAAUAUCCAUGAACUAAAUAAAAAAUUCUCAUCCCUUCUUUCAUAUCCGUCUAAGAAAAUCCUGGUCUGAUUUACUCUUUUUCUGUAUAUAACUAUAUAUAGAGCUCUGUACGUUGUAGCCAUAAGUAUUAUAAGGCAUCUUCCUCUAUUAUUAAAAAAAGAAAAUAUAUGGAUAAAGGGCAAAGCACAGUUAUUAGUGGGGGCUGUGUGCUGUUUAAGGUUUUGUUUGGGGCAAUUACAACGUUGGGUUUUGUCUGCCUUCUGUUAGUUGCAAUACUGCAAACUGAAGCAACCAAAAGCACAACAACCGUUCAAGCCGCUGCAAGUCUAAAACACGAAGCAGAUAUAGGAAGAGAGAGGCUUCUUUAUGACCCAGAUUUGGAUCUCAACUACAUGAUCAGCAAGAGAAAAAUUCCUAAUGGUCCUGAUCCCAUUCAUAACAGGGAACUCGAAACGACCUCCUGGCCGAGUUUAGUGAAGGGAUUGAAAAGGUUGAAGAGCAGAAGCACAAAAGAAGAGACAAGAAUCUGCCAUCUUGUAUGUAUUCUUUAGAAAUGGGAAUGUAAAUGCUCGUAAAUUUAUUUGAGAAUCCCAGCAUGCAACUCUUUUUUACUUGCACAAAACUGUAACCUAUAGGGUUGAUGUUGGAGUUAGUGUAAAGCUAAGGAAAUAGCUCUUAUCAAGCACAAACCCUCAAAAGAGAGAUUAGACUAAAGAGAAAGCUAGAGUGAGUAUAUAUGAAGAACAUGCAUAUGUGUAUAGGGAAAUUAAAGAAAUGUACGAAAGCCUUAUCUGUCAGGCAAUCAUAUUUGUGUAUGUUUUUGUUGUUUCAUGUUUGUAAUUUUCAUAUUUAAAUGAAAAGAGAGGAAGCAGCAGCCAGCCAGCCA